AUGUCGGCCAAUGGAGAAGCUCGCCCCAAGCGAAGGUCGAGUCCUAUUUCAGCCAUAGAAAGACCCAAGAAACAGCUCAAGCAGGAAAAUGGCGUUCCAACGCCGGGAGAUGCAACACCACAGAAUGGCUCUGUUUUUGAUGUCGAGGGACAAUCCAGCUCAGUACCCAUUGUUAAUACCAUAGCGGCGGCAGGCGACUCUCCGGAAUGGCAAGCGACAAUUGAGAAGGUGAUCAAGAGCGUGGUUUCCAUUCAUUUUUGCCAAACCUGUUCUUUUGAUACCGACCUGUCCACGUCAAGUCAAGCCACGGGAUUUGUUGUGGAUGCAGAAAAUGGUUACAUCUUGACAAAUCGACACGUUGUCUGUUCCGGGCCUUUUUGGGGUUACUGUGUUUUUGACAACCAUGAAGAGUGUGACGUUCGGCCUGUCUAUCGAGAUCCUGUGCACGACUUCGGUAUCCUCCAAUUUGACCCCAAAGCCAUUAAAUAUAUGAAGGUGCAGGCUCUUGGCCUUCAACCUGAAUCGGCUAAAGUGGGUGUUGAAGUACGAGUUGUGGGCAAUGAUGCUGGUGAGAAGCUCAGUAUUCUAUCCGGAGUGAUCAGUCGACUGGAUCGUAAUGCUCCAGAAUAUGGAGAGGGAUACAGCGACUUCAAUACCAACUACAUACAAGCUGCAGCUGCGGCCACAGGUGGAAGUUCAGGUAGUCCCGUGGUAAAUCUCAGCGGCAACGCGGUCGCCCUGCAGGCAGGGGGUCGUGUUGAUGGUGCCGCUACAGACUAUUUCCUACCUUUGGAUAGACCUUUACGAGCUCUACAAUGUCUCCAAAAUACGACACCCAUCACCCGAGGGACAAUUCAGACCCAAUGGAUGCUGAAACCGUUUGAUGACUGCCGACGGCUCGGAUUGACGCCGAAUUGGGAAUCCGAAGUACGAAAGCAUUACCCGACCGAAAACAGUAUGCUGGUGGCCGAGAUUGUACUACCUGAGGGACCGGCAGAUACCAAGAUCCAGGAGGGUGACGUACUGAUCAAAGUCAAUGGAGAUCUGUUGACUUCAUUUGUCAAGCUGGAUGCCAUUUUGGACUCGAGUGUGGGUGGGACAGUACACCUUCUUUUCCAGAGAGGUGGAGAGGACCAUGAGGUUACACUCAACGUCCAUGACCUGCACGCCAUCACUCCUGAUCGAUUUGUUACGGUGGCGGGAGGAAGCUUUCACAACUUGUCUUACCAACAAGCUAGGUUGUAUGCCAUUGCCUGCAAAGGGUUGUAUGUGUGCGAGGCUGCCGGGUCGUUCAAGAUGGACAACGCGCUGUCUGGAUGGAUUAUCGACACGGUGGAUCAGAAACCAACACCAGACAUAGACACAUUCAUCGAAGUGAUGUCCUCGAUUGCCGAUCGUGCGAGGGUGGUGAUAUCAUAUCGGCACAUUAGAGACUUGCACACGCGAGCCACCAGCAUUGUCCAUAUUGAUCGACACUGGCAUCCCAAGAUGAGAUUGUCGAGCAGGAAUGAUAGUACGGGACUCUGGGACUUUAAAGAUCUCGGACCCGCGCCGCCCGCGGUGGCUCCAGAACCCAAGUCGGCUGACUUCAUCCAACUUGAUGGAGUCAAUCUUCCAGCAGCUGCAGAGAUUGUUCGAUCAUUUGUGAAGAUAUCGUGCUAUAUGCCCGUCAAGAUUGAUGGGUAUCCCCAAGCGCGUCGAACGGGAUUUGGUCUUGUGAUUGAUGCGGAAAAGGGACUGGUGGUGGUUUCCAGGGCGAUUGUGCCUUAUGAUCUAUGCGAUAUCACAGUAACAGUGGCUGAUUCGAUCCAGACCGAAGGUAAAGUGAUAUUUCAUCAUCCAUUGACCAACUACACGGUGGUGCAGUAUGAUCCGCAGUUGGUACAAGCUCCAGUACAGACCGCGAAACUGUCGACGGAGAUGAUCAAGCAGGGAGCAGAUACCAUCUUUGUGGGAUUCAACCAGAAUCAUCGAGUGGUAGUGGCCAAGACAACGGUGACGGAUAUCACAGCAGUUGGGAUUCCCGCGAAUGCAGCAGCACCCAGAUAUCGCGCAGUUAACCUGGAUGCGAUUACAGUCGACACCGGACUGUCUUCACAGUGCUCUUCAGGAGUCCUCAUUGGGGCUGACGGGGUUGUGCAAGCACUUUGGCUCACAUACAUGGGGGAGAGAAGUCAAGGCAGCCAUCGGGAUACAGAGUAUCACCUUGGACUUGCGACGACGAUGAUCAAUCCGGUGAUUGAUCAAAUCCGAGCAGGAGUUAUUCCGAAGCUUCGAAUACUUAACAUGGAAUCGUAUGUGGUUCAAAUGGCACAGUGUCGAAUUAUGGGAGUUUCUGAAGAAUGGAUCAAGAAGGUGGCCAAAGCUAAUCCUUCACGGCAUCAAUUAUUCAUUGUUCGGAAAGUGGACUGUGUGCCAGCGAAUGGACCGAACGAUGGACAGUUACUGCAGGAAGGAGAUAUUAUUCUGACGCUGGACGAUCAGCUCAUUACACGAGUCUCUGACUUUGACAUUAUGUACGACAAGGAAUGGUUGGAUGCGUUGGUGGUGCGUAAAGGAGAGGAAGUACGACUUCGAGUACCGACGGUAUCUACGCAAGAUCUGGAAACAUCGAGGGCGGUCAUGUUCUGCGGAGCAGUUCUUCAAAAGCCACACCAUGCAGUGCGACAACAAAUCAGCAAGCUUCACUCGGAAAUCUAUGUUAGCGCCAGGAGCCGAGGAUCACCAGCAUAUCAGUAUGGACUGGCACCGACCAACUUUGUGACUCAUGUGAAUGGGGUCAAGACACCGGACCUUGAUGCAUUUGUCAAGGAAGUGAGCAAGAUUGACGACAACACAUAUUUCCGACUACGAGCGAUGACCUUUGACAAUGUACCGUGGGUGGUGACGAUGAAGAAGAACGAUCAUUAUUUCCCCAUGUCGGAAUAUGUCAAGGACUCGAGUCGACCGAACGGAUGGAAGGUGAUUUCUUAUGGAGGCAAGGGUAAGAAACCCGGUAAUAAGAUUGAUGGGGCGCCCGUGACUGCCGAGGGAAUGGAUGAAGGAGUUGAAGGUAGUGAUGGGGGUGAAGAGGGACCGGAUGAAGAAUAG